GGUGGGUUAUGGAUCCGGUGUUGAUCCAGCAUUGCUGCAGGCUCUAGUAUAAGUCGCAUAAUGGUUUUUAAAACCAUAUUUUUUCUUCUCCAGUCGAGCCUGUGGCACAUGGAAAUUCCCAGGCCAGGGACUGAAUCCGAGCUUCAGCCAGGACCUAUGCCACAGCUUCGGCAACACCAGGUCCUUAACCCACUGCACAGGGCCAGAGAUUUACCAUACACAGCCUCAAAAAUACCACCAGAUCUUUAACCCGCUUUGCCACAGCAGGAACUCCCUUAAAACCAUUUUUGAGGUGCUAAGGCAAAACCUGGGCUACCCUUUGCCCUCUUAACUCUCUAUAUUUAACUCAUAGUAAUUUAAGGAUGUUUUCCAGAGAGUGGGAACUUAGACACGAUGUAUAUUAUAACGAAUUCUUUAUUCAUUCUUUUAUUCAGCAAAUAACUAUGAGUACGUGUAGGUAAUCAGAUUUAUCUGCUCCGAGUUUACAGGGGUAAUCAAAACAAACCAACUCUGCCUCAAAUAUACAUACACAAAUGUUAAAAAAUAUAUAUAUAUGUAUAUAUCUGACUUUUUUUUGCUUAUGUUGUUAGCAAAAUCAUGUGUGAUUAUCAUACUGAAAACCUUUUUCUGGGUCAUUGUAUUAGCCUUGUAGAAAAUUAUGAGUUAGCUUGACAUUAAUGUUCUUUCCAGUCAGACUCUUCUCCUGCCUUUUCUAUUAACUCUCCAUCUUCCAGAGCCUUUGCUUUUGAAGUGACUUAGUAUUUGUCCCUUUUAUUUGCCAUUCAUUUAUAAUUGCUAUAAUGAAGUAUGCUCAUAGUUGCUAGGGUUUUCAGUAGUUUUGUUGCAUGUUUGUGAGUGCUGAGAAUACAGGUAAGAAGCAAGUCCACAGGUAAGUUCUGGUUCUAGCGUUACUGAAAGGCAACCAUGGGAAUUAAAAAACUGUUUAUUCAUAUGCCUUUUUCCACUUCAUAGUCAAGAUCGUUGAACUACUCUUGGCUAUAAGUGGACCACUUGACAGAUCCUGAUUGUAUAUCUUACAAUGCAGGGUUUCCAACAACAGACUAGUUCAAUGUGGGGCCACAGCUGUUUGUUCUUAAUGACUUUCGUGUUUCUGUGCAGGAAGAGUCAAGAAUGUGAUGGCUGCUGAUUCUCCCUUCAGGGUUUCCCAGGUGUGCUGUGUGGAAUUUUCCCAGCCAUGAUUUCUAAAAUUUUCUAUUUUCAUUCCUUUUAGUGGUGUUUAUAUGGAGAUUUAUUAUUAAUGCAAUUCUGCCAUCUUGCAGUGAGAGUGAAGUAAUUGUUAACUAUAGAGAAAGUAGUAGAAUUACUGCUUCCUCAGUCAUGGCCUUCUGGUUUUGAUGAUUUUAAUAUUUAUGCUCUUCCAAAAAUAAUAAAAAUGAUUCCUUGAAGGACAUUUUAAGAAGGCAGCAGGCACGUCUGUGUGCCUCUUCUGCCAUAGGCAUUCAGAAGGAUGCAGAAUGUCCAUUGCUAUCUGCUUAUGUUGCUUUGCCACUGGCAAGUAUCUAGAGCAUCUGUCUCCACUCACUUUCUCAGCUUUCUCAGUAAGUUCCGAUGCUCUGCUCAUGAGGUGGUACUGACUACAAUUACUAGGUUUCCCGGGUAACAUGUGCAUCUACUUUGCCAUGGCAAGUAGAGACUCCUGGCUUCCAAAAGGGAACCCAGGAGUCAUACACCUGCAGGGUGUUUGGGCACAUCUUUCUGUGGCAGAAAGAAUGCACAGGAUUCCUAAUCAUUUGUUCUUAUAGCAUUUAUAACUGAGCUGUUAGCUACCAUUUAUUGAGCACCUUCUGUAUGCCAGCUGCUAGGCAGCACUGUCCAUACACUCGGUGUCACCUCUUUGACCUGCAGUGUCUUCUAAAGUACACAUGAACAUCCCCAAUUUACAGAUGGAAAACGGAGGCUGAGAGAGGUUCAUGAUUUACCGAAGGCAUAUGGUAAACAGCAGCAAUGACGUUUGGUGUGCUUGUCUGUGUCACUGCAAAACUCCUGUUCUCUCUGCAUCACACUGCGUUCCUGCAGUAGACACUAGCUGGCCUUCUCUUGGUUCUUGAAACUCAGUAACAAACCUUAAGGUUGUACCAUGUUUAAGAGGGCUGUAAUCAUUUUUUGUUUUGCUCAUUUCUGCCCAUCUCUUUCCAUGGAAGGUUGUGAUAGAGAAUGACUUUUGAUGUGUUUAUUCAGUUAGUCUUGAGGGAAAACACUACUUGAAAUUGCUGUAAAUUUUUGUCAUUUAACAUCAGCUUUAACUUCAGUAGAGGGCAGUAUUUAAAAACUUGGAGUCCAGAGAAGAAUCUUGAUGUUCAUUCUAACUCCAGUGAUUACUGACUCUGUCAUUAAUUUAACCUCACUGUGCCUCUCUCUGUCAGCCAUAAAAUAAAUUUAACAGUCAUUAUUUAAAGGCUUUUUAUGAAGAUGGAAUGCAAUAAUCCAUGUAAAGCAUUGAGACAGGGAUAUAAAAGCACUAAAUAUUAACGGUCACCACUGUCAUCAUCAUCAACACUACAAAGGUUCCUAUAUCACUGAAAUAGUGUUGGCUAUAUCAAAAUUAGAUGAAACUAGAUGACAGAUAAACCUAGCAGCCAAAAGCUUGAAUAAGAAAGUAUUUAAAAGUUUAUUUAUCCUUUUGGAUAUUUUUCUUUGAAAAUAUUUUGUAUAAUCCAUGAAUAUAAAAAUAGCUUAGAUAAGAUAAUCAGAUGAUGAAAAGUUUCAGUGAAGUUAACAUUCAGGGAGCAAUGGUCCAAUUCUCUUUAUUAGCAUCCUACAUUUGUAUGAAAAGUGAGUCUAUACAGAAAUUUGUAGCCACAGCCUAAAAUAUUGCCAGUAGGUCUUUUGUGUCUCUAAAAUGAAAUUAAAAUAAAUGACAGGCCCUCCAAACCAAGAGACCCAUUCAGCAGAUCUGUGGACUCUCAUUUUAAGAGUCAAGUUUCUCUCUGCGGGAGUUGCAACUAAAUCGUUCCGCUAUUAUUAAAUGUCUCAUUGUCUGUCUGUUUACCCACCUCUUUGAUACCGUGUAACCAGACUGUAGUCAUGUUGGCAGAUUUCUGCUUGCUGCCCAGGAGGUAUUGAGAUCAGUGAAUUCUAACCAGAGAACAAACUUUUACCAAACUAAAGAGCUGCAGUGAAAUGUGUGCUAGAUUCCUGGUUUUAAGCUAAACAUGUAUCAGUUCUCUCUGAGCAGGAGGAACAAAGGACAGAGCAUCCACAUACUGGAGAGGACUUCUUCCUCUAGCACCGAACCCUCUAUAAGUCGGCAACUGCUGGAACCAGAGCCGGUCCCUCUGUCCAAGGAAGCUGACAGCUGGGAAAUUAUAGAAGGGCUGAAAAUAGGCCAAACCAACGUCCAGAGACCAGACAAACAUGAAGGUUUUAUGCUGAAGAAGAGAAAAUGGCCUUUAAAAGGCUGGCACAAGCGUUUUUUUGUCCUGGAUAAUGGAAUGUUAAAGUAUUCAAAGGCACCACUUGAUAUUCAAAAAGGGAAGGUUCAUGGAAGCAUCGAUGUCGGACUCUCUGUCAUGUCAAUUAAAAAGAAAGCACGGAGAAUAGACCUUGACACAGAAGAACACAUCUAUCAUUUGAAGGUGAAAUCCCAGGACUGGUUUGAUGCCUGGGUCUCCAAACUGCGCCAUCAUCGACUGUAUCGGCAGAAUGAAAUUGUGAGAUCACCAAGAGAUGCUAGUUUUCACAUAUUUCCUUCAACCUCCACAGCUGAAUCCUCACCAGCUGCUAAUGUUUCUGUGGUGGAUGGAAAGGUGCAGCCCAACAGCUUUCCCUGGCAGUCCCCUCUACCAUGCAGCAACAGCCUCCCUGCAACCUGCACAACUGGGCAGAGCAAAGUGGCGGCCUGGCUGCAGGACUCAGAAGAAAUGGACAGGUGUGCAGAAGACCUUGCACACUGCCAGUCAAACCUUGUGGAACUUAGCAAACUCCUGCAAAAUUUGGAAAUACUUCAGAGAACUCAGUCAGCACCUAACUUUACUGACAUGCAGGCUAACUGUGUAGAUAUUUCAAAGAAAGACAAGCGGGUCACAAGACGAUGGAGAACAAAAAGUGUCAGCAAAGACACAAAAAUACAACUGCAGGAAGGGCCAUCUGCGAAGGGCCAGUUCAGCACAACUCGGCGCCGGCAGAGGCUCGCAGCAGCAGUGGCUACAACAGUUCCUUUCAGUGCUACCAUGUCCCCGGUUCGCUUGCAUUCUUCCAACCCCAACCUUUGUGCAGAUAUUGAAUUUCAGACUCCCCCUAGCCACCUUACAGACCCUCUGGAAAGUUCAACGGAUUACACAAAGCUUCAAGAAGAAUUUUGUCUAAUUGCACAGAAAGUGCAUUCUCUUUUGAAGUCUGCAUUUAAUAGCAUAGCUAUAGAGAAGGAAAAGCUUAAGCAGAUGGUUUCUGAGCAGGAUCACAAUAAAGGCCAUAGCACGCAGAUGGCACGGCUCCGACAGUCACUGUCUCAGAGCGAAGGAGCGAGCAAAUCCUGGGCACUCAACCAGAAUGCUGAACUAAGGAGUCGGUUGAACAGAAUACACUCAGAAUCUAUUAUUUGUGAUCAGGUUGUCAGUGUAAAUAUUAUUCCUAGCCCUGAUGAGGCUGGUGAGCAAAUCCAUGUCAGCCUCCCCCUGUCGCAGCAAGUAGCCAAUGAGAGCCGCCUCUCCAUGUCAGAGUCCGUCUCUGAGUUCUUCGAUGCCCAGGAGGUGCUCCUCUCUGCAAGUUCCUCAGAGAAUGAAGCUUCAGAUGAUGAGUCUUACAUCAGUGAUGUGAGUGAUAAUAUAUCUGAAGACAACACCAGUGUUGCAGACAACAUUUCUCGGCAAAUCUUGAACGGGGAGCUGACGGGAGGAGCCUUCCGAAAUGGACGUCGAACAUGCCUGCCAGCUCCCUGUCCUGACACCAGUAACAUUAACCUGUGGAAUAUCUUGAGGAACAACAUUGGUAAAGACCUGUCCAAAGUCUCCAUGCCUGUGGAGCUGAAUGAGCCACUCAAUACUCUGCAGCAUCUCUGCGAGGAGAUCGAAUACAGUGAGCUUCUGGACAAGGCUUCGGAAACCGACAAUCCUUAUGAGCGCAUGGUUCUUAUUGCUGCAUUUGCAGUUUCAGGAUAUUGCUCCACCUAUUUCAGAGCAGGAAGUAAGCCAUUCAACCCUGUCCUUGGGGAGACUUAUGAAUGCAUUAGAGAGGACAAAGGAUUCCGAUUUUUCUCAGAACAGGUUAGCCAUCAUCCACCCAUUUCUGCCUGUCACUGUGAAUCCAAGAAUUUUGUGUUUUGGCAAGAUAUCAGAUGGAAAAACAAGUUCUGGGGGAAGUCGAUGGAAAUCCUGCCUGUGGGAACCCUGAAUGUCAUGCUUCCAAAGUAUGGCGAUUGCUAUGUGUGGAAUAAGGUCACCACGUGCAUACACAACAUUCUUAGUGGGAGGAGAUGGAUAGAGCAUUACGGAGAAGUAACCAUUAGAAAUACCAAAAGCAGUGUUUGCAUUUGCAAACUCACAUUUGUCAAGGUGAAUUAUUGGAACUCUAAUGUGAACGAAGUCCAGGGGGUUGUGAUGGACCAGGAAGGAAAGGUGGUACACCGGCUGUUUGGGAAGUGGCACGAAGGGCUCUACUGUGGCGUGGCCCCUUCCGCCAAGUGCAUCUGGAGACCAGGUUCCAUGCCAACCAACUAUGAGCUCUACUAUGGCUUCACAAGGUUCGCUAUUGAGCUCAAUGAGUUAGAUCCUGUACUAAAAGAUCUCCUUCCACCGACAGACGCCCGAUUCCGGCCAGAUCAGAGAUUUUUAGAAGAAGGAAAUUUAGAAGCUGCAGCAGCAGAGAAGCAAAGAGUAGAGGAACUCCAGAGAUCUCGGAGACGGUACAUGGAAGAAAACAACCUUGAACAUAUACCAAAAUUUUUUAAAAAAGUGAUUGAUGCCAAUCAAAGAGAAGCCUGGAUUUCUAACGACACCUACUGGGAGCUGCGAAAAGACCCUGGGUUUAGCAAAGUGGACAGCCCCGUUCUUUGGUAAACUGGGAAUGUAGAGCUAGCCAACAUAUCACGCUCUGAAUGAAUAAAUAACUAUGCACAAUUAUGUUUCUUAGAGCUCCACGUGGUUUCUGGGUCAAAUGAAAACCAACCAUUUGCUUUUCUAUUCAUCUUUAUAAUGGACUUUCAGAAGUGCAUUAGACAAGGUCCCUAACCACUUUCGGAUCCUUUCUGUUUUGCUGCAACCAUAUUCCUUAAAAAAAACACCCACACCCUUCUCGAAAAGCAGAAUAAAAGGAGCAGAAUAUAAAAAUCAAAAGUCUGAAGAGUCCGUAAAGAAAAACCAACUGUAACUGGUGCUUAAAGCUGAUCCAGAGAGUUUAAAGCAACAUGACAUAUGAACCAUGCAUUUGGUCCUUUUUUCUGGAAGCGCCAUCCGCUCAUUGCAGGAGCUCCUAGGCCAUGGCAGUUGGUCAGCUCAGACUUCGAGUGUGUCUCUUUGAUGUGGUGUACUUGUACUGGCCUUGUCAAAAAAGACGUGAUGCUUCUCAGAACCUGUUCCAUCUGUACGCCAUUGUUCAUGCCUUAAGAAAUGCAAAGAUGUACAAUAAAUCAUUUUUUAAAUGUGUGCUCCUAGGUUUAUGUGAAGGACAGAUUUUUUGAAUCAUGGCAUGAUUCGCUUUCUGGGAUCAGAAGAAUUAUGAGACUAAUUUAAAUGGACUAAAAGAAGUAAAGAACAUAACGUUUUACUUUGAUAUAUUGGUUACUGUAUCAUAUGUCUGAAGGGCAAGAAGGAAAAUGUGUGCUAAGUAGAUCUCUGUAUUCACGUUGCUCGUCAAUUUCAUGUCCUGCCUACAGUUAAUAAACCAUCCUUCUUCCACCUAA